CGCAGACUACACCCAUGCACUGCCUGAUUACAUUGGCUUUCUUUACUGCCCGAGCCAAGACGUGUGUGAACGUCGAAGUGGGGGGUACAAUUAGAGACACUCAAUUGAUCCGUAAGCAGCGCAAAAUCGGCUGUAACUGUCUUAUCCCAUAAACUACACUUUGGAGUUCAUAGGGAGCUGUAUAUUUCAACAUGUCUUGGCAAAGCUACGUGGAUAACCUGAUGGCGGAUGGCAGUUGUCAGGAUUCCGCCAUUGUUGGGUAUACGGACGCCAAAUACGUUUGGGCAGCACAUGCCGGUGGUACUUUUAACAACAUAACGCCUCAAGAAAUUGAUGUUCUCAUUGGAAAGGACAGGGCUAGCUUCUUCACCAAUGGCAUGACCUUGGGUUCGAAGAAGUGCUCGGUCAUCAGAGACAGCCUCCAUAUUGAUGGGGACUGGACAAUGGACAUCAGGACAAAGAGUCAAGGAGGAGAGCCAACAUACAACGUCACUGUAGGCAAAGCCGGAAAAGUCUUGGUUCUUGUAAUGGGCAAAGAAGGGGUCCAUGGAGGUGGAUUGAAUAAGAAGGCAUACUCAAUGGCAAAAUACUUGAGGGAUUCAGGGUUCUAGUGUCACCAAGCUUGCUUAGUUAAAAUUGAGGGACAAAAAGAAGAGAAAAUAAAAUAUUGCUGUUAAGAUUUCUCCUGCAAGCAGUCAAAUGUCGUGGAAACUUUAAUAGCAAUGGAGAGUAAUGGUGGCGGUAAGGUCCUAUGUCACCUUUAUCCCCACUUUUAGCGGGGAAAAAUACUUUCUUGUCAAUUUGUCAUUUUUCCUUUUGUUUCCUUGUGUGCUCCAGCAUUGGUUUUAGUCAUGGGAAAAGAAGGGGUCCAUGGCGGACAGCUCAACAAGAAAGCAUUUACUAUGACUGAGUACCUGAGGAAGUCUGGAUUUUAAGGCAGCCUGUCUACCCACCUAGCAGUUCCCUCUGGCUCCCCCUCAUUGUGUUGACAGUACUUCCCGGAUUAGUUAGCAGAUGCAUUUCUCUCCCAGUUCCAUUUUCAUGUACACCCUUUUAUAUUUUUUUCAUGUUAAUUCAUUUUAUUUUUUGCUCCCAUCUCCCUGUUCUUUCUCACAGUAUUAACACUACAGUAUGUUCUCAACUCUAUUUCGGACACUACAAUAACAAAUUGUGGAUGUUUAUAUUUACCAAAACACAUGUGCAAAGAAUUGAAUGAUAAUGUAAUAAAGUGUAUACCAAAUUUGGACUUGGCUUGUAAAAACAAAUGAUGAGGAAACACACUGAAUGGGUUUGUCAUUCAAUGGUGCAGAUAGUUUUGGGUGGGACAAUGCCUUAUGAGCAUAUUGAAGAGGUAACCGGCUGGUAUUGUUUUCCUUUUCUCCGGGUGGCAGGAUUUGAAAGUUGCAUGCAUAUCUUUUAGCAGGGUUGAGGUUAAUACCAUUUUCUUUCCAGACAAUUCAGAAAGUUAACUGAAUUUCAGUGUAAUUCCUGAAUUGAAAUGGAAUUGACCCGAACCCUGUCUUUAACCAUACAGAGCUGAACUCUCCUUGCCCUUCCCAAAACUUUUAUAUUCCCGCAAAAUGUUAUUUUUUUUAUUCAGGCUUCAAUUUUUUGCUUUGUCAUUGGAUACUACAUAAAUCCAGAAUAAUCCUCUAUACAUACACCUUAAAACCCCUGAGUCAGACCACUUCUUCUUCUCUUGCAUUGUCUUCCAUCAAAUGCUUAUGCUGUUGUAACUUGUGGUCUUAACACGUCAUUGUGGUGUUGGAAUAUUGUAAUGGCAGAUGAAAUCAGUAUUGCUGAGGUUUUUUGUUGAUAGAAAUUCCUCCCAUGAACCCCUACGACAUCUUGAAGUCUCCAUGGACAUUCCAUCUGCCAGCUCCUGUAUUUCACGCUGCCGAUUUGUGCAGCGUAUCGUCCAGACUCCCUACAUAACCAUGUUUUGUCAAGUUGGCAAGUUAUAUUUUCCAUAGGACCAAUUGUUAUGUCACAGUUAGGGGAUUUUUUUCAGAAUGGCUUCAAGUCAUUGUGAAGGAUGACUGUUGUCCUCUGUUUGACUGUAAUCAUUAGACUAUACUUCAGAUGACUGUAAAACACACUGCUUCUUAUGAUGACUUUAAAACACGAAUUGAUUUGCUGAUAAUUUGUUAACAGAUAAUUGCAGUCUCAUUUGACACCUGUGGUAACCAGAGUAUUCUCACUGAAUGCAUUUGACUGUAAACCCAAGCUCUGAAUUUAUUGCCUAGUGCUCUACUUAUCAUCAUGUGUAUCAGCAACUGUCAUAGCACGGUACUUAACAGUAAAUUUAAAAAUAAAAAAAAUAUAUGAAAAAAAAAUAGUGAUAGUGUGUACACUAAAUUUAAAAAAUGGUGUUGGUUGGAAUAAGAACACUAAGUUGUCUUGUGAAAACUUUAUAAGAAAAACUGUGUAUCCUGUGCCAUAACACAGAUCUGGUCUGUUGCUACAUUGAGUUCGAUUAUUAUUCUUUUUUUAAACUGCUGCCCCAACAAGGACUAACUUCAAUGGCAUUUUCCUUCGGGAUAUUUUGGCAUCAACUGAUACACUCCAGGCUUUGUGGACUAUGUACAGACCAAAAAAAUACAUUUUUCCCUUGUGCAUUUGGAUUCAAAAUUAUGAAAAUGUGCAUUUUCAAAAUUUGGGGAAAAUGCUAUAAAUUUAUAAAUCACCUUUUUGUUUACAGACAGAUCAAAUAAAAGCUAUUCCAACCAGAA